UAUAUAUAUAUAUAUAUAGAGAGAGAGAAAGAGAGAGUGAGAAAAACAAAACUAAAAGUUUUUAUGAAUCACUGAUUAUUUAUUCACUAAUUUAUAUGAAUGAAUGCAACUAUUAUUCUGUGGAAGUGCUGCUAACGAUGUCUUCAGAUAAUAAUAAUAAUAAUAGUAAUAAUCAUAAUAUUAAUCAAUUGCGGCUCCAAUUGGGUUCGUAUAGGUUGGCCUCUGAAUUGACGCCCGAGUUGGCCGAUAUCAUAGAGAUUGAUCGCAUGCUAUAUACCCAUUGGGCUAUCUAUGUGGGCGAUGGACAAGUGGUCGAUGUGGUCGGCGAUGACGACAACGAUUUACCAGACAAUGAAGAAGCUAUUGUCCGUAGGUCACUGUUGACCGAUGUUGCCGGCGAUAACUAUUGUCGGGUUAACAAUAAGGAGGUUCCGGUCAAAGAGCGCUGUCUUCAGCCCUUACCCGCCGACUUAGUGGUCAAAGAAGCCAAUGCUAUGGUUGGCUCAACAGUCGACUAUAAUUUAUUGACCCGAAAUUGCGAACACUAUUUGACUCAAUGGAAAUAUGGACAGCCAUGGAGUGAUCAGGCAGCGGUAGCUCUAUCAGCAAUACGAGCCCUUAGGAGAGAGCAUAAGGACUCGAUCUCCGAUGGCCACAGUUUUAUGGUCAACACACUUAAUGAAGUGCUCAACAGUCCCGGACAACAAUCGGGAAGUCCAUCACUCAAUGAGUUGCGUUCAAACUCUAUCGGCACGUGUCAGCUAACGUCGGCCAGCAGUCAAACAGAGGUCACUCAUGUAAUCUAAGUGUUUAAAAAAAUUCAAUAUAGUAUAUGAUUUUGUUGUUGUAAAUUUCGUUAUGAUUUUGCAAUCAACAUGUUUUUUAAGGAUAUAUAUAUAUUUAUAUAUAUAUUGAUG